UCUCAAUCCUAAACUCACACACUCUUUCCUCUGGUGAGGAUCUCCACAGGCAGCUGGAGUCUCAUUUGGUCCUUUUGCUCAUGGAGGUCUUCUCUUCUUCUGGCUGCUGACAGAGUCUUUACCUGACAACCGAGAGAGUCCUGCCAGAUAGAAACACACCACACCUUUUUACAUCCUUCAUACAUCCAAGAUGUUUCCUUGGUCUGCUGUCUUCUCCCUUGAGGCCAAAGUGCCGGGUCAGCGAUCCACUGAGGAGCUGGUGACCAACACUCUGAUGCUGGAGCUGGGGGCCAUGGUGAAGCGGACUGAGCGCAUCCGUUUGGAGAGAGCUACCGAGGGCCGGCGCAGGCGCCGGAGCUCCUCCUCCACUGCAGACUACAGCUGGCUGGCAUCCACCCCGACCCCUCAGCCAUACCAGCUCACCCCCAAUGACCUGCUGGAACUGCAGGACCUCUGUGCCAAGAUCCCCCCUGCACAGUGUGGCCCUGUUAUCGUCAGGUUUAGGAGACUUGUUUCACAGAUGGAGCCUGAGGUCCACGAAGUCCCCCGGCUGUUCCGCACAGUGCUACGAGACUGUGUGGAUGAAGUCAACGGAAACGACGAGGUCCAGGCCCAAAGCACGUUUUACGAGAAGCACCAACGCAGCAAGAGCCUCUCCUUUGUUACCUUCCGCACAAAGUUUCGCACUGGGCAAAUGUUCAAGGGGAGCGGCUUGAGGGGCUCCAGGGGGAACCUGCAGCAGCAGGUCGACUGGUCUGAUGAGGAGGAGGAUGGGGAGGGUGAGGAGGAGGCCAUCAGGGACAGAGCAAGGAAGGGGAGGAGCAAGAGCAUGCCAGAGAUCACCCCUCUGGAGCAGAGCGCUCAGGGGUGAGAAGAGGCCCUGGGGUGAUGGAGGGAAGCAGGACUCUUGGUGGAACAGGGAGGAAGGAAGGAAAAAUGGGUAAAUGAUGGAUAUGAAUAAAGACUAAAUAGGCAAGGUUUACAUCAGGGGAACAUUCACCUUUUUCAACAUCUCACUAUAAUGCAGAUAUGAGAUGUAAUAAAAAGGGACUAAAAAAAUCUGUUUCCUUCCAGUUAACUUGAGGCAACCAGGAGCAUUAUUGUUCUGAUUUUAGUCAGUUUAAGGUAUAACAUUAUGCUGAUGGUAAAUUAUCAACCAAUCUGAAACCAUGCAGCAGAUAUCUGAGGCAGAGAAACCAAGGCUAGUGUCUCACAGACAGGUUUCAACUCUGAUAUUUAACAGAAAAACGUUUCUUUACUAUUCCCUCAAAUUUCUUCAUUAAAAUGGCCUAUCAACAUUUGUUUUAGUAAUUUCUAGAAAGGAAACUGUCACCAUGUUGCACAUUGAACUAUAAUGCAUGUUGUGUUGGGUGGACAGCUUUAAUACUGCACAAUGUAUACACUAUAUGAUGAACUGUCCCUUUAAAUCACGUUAUGUAUCAGGGAGAGGUGACUGUCCUGAGCUGAAGGAGGACAUUAGGCUCAGGCUGCUUUCCUGCUAACUCAGCAGAUCCUAUCAGUUAGUGACUACUUGGUCAACAAAGAUCCUGCAAGUGGAAAUCAAUCAUUAUUUUGUAUUACUGUAAAUAUGCGCUCAUAUAUUUUGAGAAAUAGACAAGAAAUGUUGUGAUAUUUUCUGUCAUUAAACAUGUUUUCUCUA